AUGGCAUCGAACGGAUCAGCGACCUCGUCACACGACAUCUCGUUCCCAGUGAACCGCCCGGCACAGCAGGUUCAGUGGACUCCAGAGUUUGACGCCAGUGUACGCGCACGAGAGGUCUCGAGUGUACAGAUCGAGCCUGCGAACUCUGUACCGCCAGAAUACUAUCCGAAUGGAAAGCGCUCACUUGCAGGCAUUGGGCUGCGUGCCUUCUUCCUGGGCAACGCUGCGAUAAUAGGCCUCUUUUUCGCCGUACAGCUUGCAUACCAUGGCAGCCAUUUAUGGCGACCGUUUCUCUUCCUCGGCACUCUCUCUGUGUUCCACUUCCUCGAGUUCUACACCACGGCUGCUUACAACACACCGGACGCAAAGAUAGGCUCGUUCCUGCUGACGAAUGGCGCUCAAUACCGAAUCGCGCACACAGUGGCCUUUACCGAGACCAUCAUCACCUCUUGCUUCUUUCCUGGCUGGCAGUCGAAGGUCCACUCGCCGGUGGCUAUACUUGCAGGCAUCAUCACGGUGUUGAUGGGGCAGGUGGUGAGGAGCAUCGCUAUGGCACAAGCAGGCACAAACUUCAACCACCAGGUCCAGUCAAAAAAGAACGAAGGUCAUGAGCUUGUGACUCGCGGCUUGUAUGCGUACUUCCGUCAUCCGUCCUAUUUUGGCUUCUUUUGGUGGGGCAUUGGCACUCAAGUCAUGAUCGGGAACAUUGUGUGCACCUUGGGCUAUGCUGGAGUCUUGUGGUUCUUCUUCAAGACCAGGAUCAACCACGAAGAGAAGCAUCUCAUCCAAUUCUUCGGAAAGAAUUACGAGACAUACCGAGUGAACACACGCGUCUGGAUACCUUUCAUAUAA